AUGGAAAUAAAUAAACAAAAGUAAAAUAUUUGUUAUGGUUCAAUGGAAUUUAGUACAAUAUUAAAUUAAUUUAGGAACUUUAUUAUUCUGCUCUUAUGUAUAAAAAUUAAGCACUUAAACUUUUUUUAAUGAGAUGAAAGUUACAAAUAUGUAACAACACAUACUAGAAAUAAAUUCUAAAAAAUUCUAACACAUUUGUUUGGAUUGCUUAUCAACAAGAGAAAGUGAUUUUAAAUAUGAUUUUGAAAAUGAUUUACACAGGGAUAUGACACAAAGUUGUAUAUUUUGA